AUGAACUCAAUAACAAUCGACUCGCCUCAAAAAGAAAAAACAGCUGAAAAUUUAUCGGGGCUUCGUUCUCCCUUAAUAUUGGACACUCAAUCAUCCUUGAAAAAUCUUAAUUUUUUUGAUCCCGAUUCAUCUAAUAAUAGUAAGUUUACUACUAUUCAAAAUCUUGAAACAACAGCAUUUUCAUCUGACGACAACAGAAGUACAUAUGUGAAUUCGGAAUUUUUGUCGGAAAAUGGAUACGAAAAAGAAGAUGAUCAAAUUAGCUUACAAGAUGAUAACGAAUCGAAUUAUGAUCUUGAUAUCACACAUAGCAAAACAAAUUCUCAAACUUCUCUUGUUGCUCGAAAGGAAGAAACAGCAAAAAGCCUGCCAAACUCAAUUCCUACCACACCUUCUUCUGUUGCCCCCCCCGAACAACCUUUAUCAGCCACUUCUCAGUAUUCUGUCAAUGUGGUAACUACAGGGAAUUCGCCUGUAAUAUCUUCAUAUUCUUUGGAAAACUGUUCCUUUAGUGAACUUAAAAACAUUUUAAGUGAGAAGCUCAUUCAGUUAUCACAAGUGCAACAUCAAAACUCUCAAUUAUGGACAUUAGUAAAUAAACAACGAACAAUGAUUUUUGAUCUCCAAAGAGAUUUUGAUAAUGCCGUCGACCAAAACGAAAAAUUAGCUAAACAAUUGGAAAGUUUAAAGACUACGAAAGAGCAAUCUAACUCAGAGUUAAAUAGCAUUGAAAAUAACAAUAGCUCUAAAAAUUCUGCUUUAAAUAAAACCUCAUCUUUAUCGUCGACAACGUUUAAAAUUUCUCGAAAACCUAGUAAAAAUGAAAUAUUUUCGUCGGUCGCCGAAGUUUCAAAUAUCUUAAGAGACAACAAUACCAAUACCUCCAAUAGUUUUGAAGAAGAAAAAUCAAAGAAGAUAUCAUCUUCAGCUUUGUCUCUAAUAAAAACUGGGUCAAAAAGUACAUUUGAUGAUCAGUUUCAAGUCAGUUGUGAAAAUAAUGAAGAUGUUGCAGGUAACUGCGCAAUUCAAGAAAAUAAUCCAUAUAUUGAAACGCGUUUGCAGAGUACUGAUUCGCAAUUUCCUAACCUUUCAAGUACAAAUUUACCAACAAUAAAACACCGACCUCCCCCUAUUAUGGUUCCAUCAGAACCUGAUACUAAAUCGGUUUUGUCUGCCACUGUUAAUGAGUCAACAAACAGUGAAACUAAUAAAACACUAAAUCUAUCAGUAACCCCUUUGAGAUCACCGUCUUUAGAAUCAAUGGUUUCAUCGCCUAGUAUUUCCAAAACUCCGCAAUCCUCUGUCAAUCCAAAGAGUCCAUUUGAUUUUUCUGCGCACACUUUAUCUACAGAAGAAGAAACUUUAAGCAACCAAGUAUCUCCGCGCCGUUCCAAUUCCUCGGUUCAAAGAUCACCUGUUUUAUACGUACAACCAGAAAAUAUAUCCACUAUUUCUCUUGAAAUAAGCACACUUAUAGGGAAGAUUAAGCCUAUUUACAGAUCUCGUCGUGAAGAUCCGAUUGCUAUAAUUAGUGCUUUAGACCGAGACUCUGGAAAAGAACUGUGGAAGAUUAUGAAAGAUUACACUGCUCUUCAAGCUCUUGACAAUAUCAUUCGACCAUCUAUGCAUUCAUUUAACUUGCCUAAGCUUCCAGAAAAAUCCAUGUUUCAAUCCCAUGCUCCCACUCGUGUGGACGCUCGCAAAGUAGCUCUUGAAUCAUAUUUUUCUUUUUUGCUUUCAACAAAAAUAUCCUUGCCGGUUGCAAAUGUAUUAUGUGAAUUUCUUUCGACAGAUGCGAUAGAUCCAAUGGAUAUUCCAGAUAAUCUAUCUCGAUAUGAAGGGUAUUUAACUAAACGCGGGAAAAAAAUUAAGGUUUGGAAAGUCAGAUACUUCGUUAUUGAGGAUGAUUUGUUAAAUUAUUAUGAUAAACCUGGUGGAGAGCUUCAAGGCUCUAUAUCGUUACAAAAUGCUAAAAUUGGAAGACAAGCUAAGAAUGAAAAUGAUUUAAAUCCUGAAGAGUCAGUUGAGAAGGCUUUUCGGCACGCAUUUCUUAUUUUGGAGCACAAAAAGAAGAGCUAUAUUCGUCAUGUGUUAUGCGCUGAAUCAGAUGAAGAUAGAGAUCGUUGGAUUAAGGCUCUUUUUGAAGCAAUUGCUGAAUAUACUAAUUCUUCUCUGACUAGUUCAAUGCCUUUCACACCUACUACAAACAAUGCACUUUUCAACACUUCACAAACAGUAUUGGAAGAACUAACUUCUCCAACACAUCGAAUUGGAAAAUUAGACGAAAAUUCUAGACUAUCGAAUAUCCCUCCUCCUUGCAUCAAUGGCACAACUUCGACCAACAGUCCUAUAUCACCAAUAUCCGUUACCCAAUUAGUUACCAAAAGUAUUCCUAAUAAAAAUACUUUAUCAUCAACAAAGUUGACAGAUUCAUCCAGCAAAAUUAGCAAUGAGUCAUCGCUUUUUCAUGAUCUUCGGCCAACAGGAAGUGCUGCAACAACUCACAGCGUAAAUAGCGCUAGCAACACAAAUUUAAUGGAUCCUAUUGAUUUAAUUGUAGAUGCUGAUGAGACAGAUAAUUUUAAAGACGGCAAAAAACCAAAAAAGAAAAGUUUUUUUUCUUUUAGAAACAAAAUAAAUCCACCUACUACCGGAUUAAGUUCAUAUGCCACCUCUGCUGUGAAUUCGGACCAUUCAUUUAAUGAAUUUCAGUCAACUCCUUAUUCUUCUGUUGAACAGCAAUCCCUACCUUCAGCAAAUUUUGAUUCAUGCUCACAACUACAUUCUCAGACUCCUCUGUUAAGUCCUCGCCCUCAGCAACUCACUCCUCAGACUUCUCAAAAUUUAAGUAAUUAUGAGAAAAAUGUUCAAAAACAUCUUAAUAGUAAUUUAGAUGACUCAUUUUCACAUUCUACAGAUACUUCUAACAGCGAGGAGAUUCGAAGUUUAGAUCAUAAUAACAAUAAAGCAAAUAUUAAUGGUUUGAAUGAUAUUUCUAAUUUCAGUUCGUCUUCAGCUUUGCCAGAUGGGACAUCAAAACGGAUAUUUGGAAUUCCUUUAAAUGAAGCAGUUCAACUUUCGUAUAAAGAUGUUCAUCACUGCAGAGUUCCAUCGAUAGUUUAUCGAUGUAUUGAAUUACUUAAAGUUCGUGAUGCUAUAUUUGAAGAAGGAAUAUUUAGACUCAGUGGCUCGACUGCAACUAUUCGACUUUUGAAGGAAAGAUUUAAUAAUGAAUAUGAUGUGGACUUGGUGAACAGUGAUAUCUAUUACGAUAUACAUGCUGUUGCAGGUUUGUUAAAACUUUAUCUACGUGAAAUACCCACUUUAAUAUUGUCUUCAUAUCUUGCACCAGAGUUUCGGGAUGCCGUUGAAAUCCCUAAUGUUACAACUAAAAUUCUUAAACUUAAAUCACUAGUUCAAGAACUUCCCCGUGAAAAUAGAGAUCUACUGUGUGUUUUAUGCUCACUUCUCACCGAGGUCAUUGCUCAUCAAGAUAUAAAUAAGAUGAACUUAAGGAAUGUUGGCAUCGUAUUUGCAUUGACAUUAAAUAUAUCAUCUUCUGUUCUUACGUCUUUCUUGACCGAUUUCGAUUCUAUUUUUGGUGAUGCAGCUCCUGAUGAAACAAAGGCAAGAGAAUUUGUUGAAUUUCCAUCUCAUACAGAAAUGCUAUAG